AUGGUCUCCGACCUGAUGACGCUGGGAACGGUGGCCUGGGCACUCAAGCCUCCCACCGAGAGAUUUCCCAAUGGCUAUGGCAAAAUAGAGAGUCUCGGUGCCCUCGGGGUCAGCUCACUGUUGCUCUGCGGCGGUGUGUUCAUGGGCUUGAACGCGGGAGAGGUCCUUCUGUCCCAGUUCUUUCCCGAGGCGUUCGAGCUUCUAGCUCACUCAGGACUUCUUCUCCACGGCCACUCCCACGGACACAGCCACGCGGUGGAAGCUCUGGGCCCCAAUGUCAACGCGGCAUGGCUAGCAGCAGGCUCAAUUGUUAUCAAGGAAUGGCUAUAUCGGGCAAAACGCAAGUCCUCCGUCCUGGCCUCGAAUGCUGUCCAUCAUCGGAUAGAUUCUCUCACCAGCAUUGUCGCUCUGGUGACAAUCGGGGGUACCCACCUUUUCAGCGAUGCGUCAUGGCUCGAUCCUGUUGGUGGUCUGAUCAUCUCAUUAAUGGUUAUCCAAGCGGGAUGGGAGAACACAAGGGCUUCUCUGUUGGAGCUGGCAGAUACCACGGUGGACAACGAGAUCAAAUCAUCUGUGCGCAAAGCCGCGUCCAGGGCCCUCUCUGAAGCUCCAAACGGAGAGGAGGUUGAAAUUCGGGACAUCCAAGGCAUGAAAUCCGGUCAGAACUAUCUCAUGGAGGUCGAGGUGGCAGUGCCAGGUUCCUGGCCGAUCCAUCGUUCCCGUCAGAUUGAGGAGAUCGUACGGAAAGGAGUUGGUUCCCGUGUGCGAGGCGUACGGCGAGUCAAAAUUCGAUUUGUUCCCCAAGAAGAGAAGGGGAUCAAUUUCACGGAAGAGUUCAUUCCCCCAGAACUCAACCCGCAAGGUAGCCCUCAACCGGAAGAAACCGACCACGACCAUGACGACGACCACGACCACGACGACCACGACCACCACCAUGACGCUAACCAUCACGAUCACUCCCAUGACCACGAGGGCAUUGUGCAUAAACGGCGUUGA